GCAGUCAUGCAGGAGAACCCAGCCUCUAUAGGUGUGGACGGGGGAUAUGCUAGCAAUGUGCCCGCUUUUCUCACUAAACUCUGGACUCUGGUCGAGGACCCGGAGACUAAUCAUCUGAUCUGCUGGAGUGCUACCGGGACCAGCUUUCAUGUUUUCGACCAAGGCAGAUUUGCCAAGGAAGUUCUGCCCAAAUACUUCAAACACAACAACAUGGCGAGUUUCGUACGCCAGCUCAACAUGUACGGCUUCAGGAAAGUGGUGAAUAUUGAGCAGAGUGGGUUGGUGAAGCCAGAGCGAGACGACACUGAGUUCCAGCACCUCUAUUUCCUCCAGGGCCACGAGCAUCUGCUGGAGCACAUUAAACGCAAAGUGUCAAUAGUAAAGAGUGAGGAGACUAAAGUGCGACAGGAGGACUUGAGUAAGCUGUUGUAUGAGGUGCAGGUGUUGCGGAGCCAACAGGAGAACAUGGAGAUGCAGAUGCAGGAUAUGAAACAGCAGAAUGAUGUUCUGUGGAGGGAAGUGGUGUCACUGAGGCAGAAUCACACACAGCAGCAGAAGGUCAUGAACAAGCUGAUUCAGUUCCUGUUCAGCCAGAUGCAAUCCAACUCUCCAAGCACUGUGGGAAUGAAGAGAAAGCUUCCUCUGAUGCUGGAUGAUGGCUGCUCCACCCCUCCUGCCUCCAAAUUCAGCCAUAGCCACUCCAUGGAGUCUUUACAAGAAUCGUUCUACAUCCAGUCGCCAUCCACAGAAAGUGCAUCCUGCUCUACUAGCAGCGUGAUGACAGGAGGGCCCAUCAUCUCAGAUGUCACUGAAAUCUCACAGUCCAGCUCCAUGGCUUUACAAAUGCAGGCAGAGGAAUCAAGGGAAAAGUGUCUGAUGCUGAUUAAGGAGGAGCCGGUGAGUCCUGGGGUCCAGGGACGAGCAGAGGGUGUUCCACUCGGGUCCUGUGAGGUGUGUGCUGAACCCCCUGUCCUCCCUGUUGCCAUGGUGCAGUCCGUCCUGGAGGGCCGAGGAUCUAAUUUGGGAGAGAGAAGGGCCAAAAGGCCCAUGCUGGAGAGACCAGAGAUUCCUGAUGGUGUGGAGAAUGUUGACAUGAGUCUGGAGGAUUUACAGCUGCUUCUGAGGAGUCACCAGCAGAGCAUGGAAAAUAAUGCUGCAGCAAUGGAUCCCUUUACAUUUAGUCUGCCUUUGAAUGAGUGGAAUUUUGCAGAAAUGGACCCGAACCUGAAAUCGGAACUGGCUAAUGCCCUCAUCCCUGCUGCUGUGUCCCAAUACAUGUUUCAGGGUCAGGAGGGAGAGCCGUACCCCACCGCUGGCUAUGAGGAGCAGUAAAGCCCUGAUAAGACAGCCAGCAGAGAUCCCUCCUGAGAGACGAGCAGAAGGAUCGACUUGAAAACAUGGCACUUAGAUUGCACAAUAUCCCAAAUCAAGAAGACUCCAAUUUACCUGACACUUGCAGAUGUGAUAUAUCAAGUAAACUAAGUGACCGGCCCUUCAU